AUGAGCAGCCGCCGAACUUCAGCUCUUCCAGGGCCCUCGACUCAGCGGCGCCUUCCGCAGAACCCGACUACGAGGCUCCCAACUUACAAAAUGUCUGACGCUGACAAACAUGGGCAUAUUUCUCCUUACCAUGGGAACCCUGAAUCGUCCAUCUCAAGGCCUACUUUUUCUCAGGCGCUACCAUUCAGGUCUCUACGGCCCGUCCAAGAUGGCGAGGGCGCAACCAGUUCCUACUUUGAGCACUCAAACGGCAAGCGAAUCAAUACUGAUCUUGUCUUUACGGCAGCUCUCAAGAAGCAAUACCCUGAGCUUGACCUUGUUGUAGUCCCGCAGAACAGUGGCAUGGGAACCUCCUGCAAUCUACUGGCCUUUGCAGCCGCCGGCUUCGCUACCGUGACUCCAAUCCAAGACAAGGGCGACCUGCCAUCGUCCCUCGAAUGGACGGUUUACUUGCCUCCCGCCCGUCGAAUGGAUGGCAAUAAAGGAGCCUUGGGCGAGGCGCCCAUCUUUGGCAAAUUCCUAUAUCAAUGGGAAGGUGAAGAAUUCAUCGUCUAUCUAGCCGAUGGUCGGGAUGGGUCGGAAUCCUACCCAACCGUCAAAAACUACUACAUUCUGACGGCUGAUGUCCACAAAGCGGACCAACUUGUUCUCACCGCCGGUUCAUGGGCAAGCGACCUACAUGAUGAAGUCUGGGUCUUCGAUCAAGGCUUUUUUCUUAAAGAUCACGAGCUAUGGGAGAGCGCGCAGAAGUCAACAUGGGACGCAGUCAUCCUAGACGAGGAUAUGAAGAAGUCGCUCAUAGAUGACCACAUCUCCUUCUUCGACUCGAGACAGACAUACACAGGUCUCGGCGUGCCAUGGAAGCGAGGAAUCAUAUACCACGGCCCUCCUGGGAACGGGAAGACUAUCAGCAUCAAAGCUACAAUGCAUAUGCUGUCUGAUAGAACCCCUUCCAUUCCCACCGUCUAUGUGCGUAGUCUAGAGUCGUGGAUGGGACCGCAAGGCUCUCUUUACAUGAUCUUUCAGAAGGCUAGGGAGUUUGCGCCCUGCUACUUGGUGUUUGAAGAUAUUGAUUCUCUUGUUACACCCAACGUGAGGAGCUAUUUCUUGAACGAGGUCGACGGCCUGAAGCAGAACGAUGGCAUCUUUAUUAUCGCCAGUACUAACCACUUGGAACUCCUAGACCCAGGAAUCGCAAAACGUCCAUCUCGCUUCGAUCGAAAGUAUUACUUUCCCGACCCAAACAUUGAGCAACGAGAGGCAUAUUGCCACUUUUGGCAGAAGAAGCUGAAGUCGAAUAAAGAAAUCGAGUUCCCAGACGAGUUAUGCAGGGCCAUCGCUGAGAUCACGGACAAAUUCAGCUUUGCCUACAUCCAGGAGGCGUUUGUAGCAACCCUGUUAGCCAUCGCUCGGCGGUCAAAGAACAAGCCAGCAGUAGAAGGCUCUACAGAGGCUUGGGUGUUAGUUAGCGAUGAGUUUGGGGAUUCCUUAGCCUCAGACAAAGGUGACCUAGACAGACUGGAGCUGUGGGUCGAAAUCAAAAAGCAAAUUAAGAUCCUUCGCGAAGGCAUGGAAGAAGAAGACUAA